AUGUCACAGAGGGAGGCCAGGGGGGUACCGGCAGUGCCUGGAGCGGAGCAUGGCAGGGCCAAGGCCGAAGCACGGCCCCUGCCAGACAGCGGCAGGAAGAGGAGCCACCCCGGCAGGACACGGCAGGACCUGUGGGGACAGACACGCUGGAGCCACCAGAGGUGGAGCAGAGCUGCCCCGGGCCCACGAGGGGCCAGAGCCAGGGGCCUGGCUCUCAGCGGGAGCGAGGCCGGUCCCAAGAACGCGGCCCGGGAGCAGAGCCGGGUGAGGACGCUGCGCCAGGCUUUCCUGGCCCUGCAGGCAGCCUUGCCCGCCGUGCCACCCGGCACCAAGCUCUCCAAGCUGGACGUGCUGGUGCUAGCUGCCAGCUACAUAGCCCACCUUGGCCAUGUGCUCGGCCAUGCACCACCCGGCCCCAUCGGGCCACCCGGGCCACCCUUUCCGCGUGAGAUUCGCCACUUGCACCCUCUCAAGAAGUGGCCGAUGAGAUCUCGCCUCUACGCGGGAGGCCUGGGGAGCUCUGGCCCUGACUCCACCACGGCCAGUGCCUCCGGCCAAAGAACAAGAGACGCAGAGGUGGGGCCCCCCAGCCCUGGAGAGGCAGAUGCACUCCUGCCCACCAAGCCGCCCUCUCCGGCUCUUGGCGAUGAGUAG